AUGUAUUCCCCCAACUACGUGCUAGGUCCUAUCAAGUUACUGGAGACAGUAGAGCUAUUAUUUCUCCUCUCCUCAGAGGACUUUGGAUUUAAGCAUCGUCUCUGGGUCUAUUCUGGAAGGAGAGGUGUUCAUUGUUGGGUCUGUGAUGAAUCAGUUAGAAAAUUGUCCUCUGCAGUACGUUCUGGGAUAGUUGAGUAUUUGAGUCUUGUAAAGGGUGGUCAAGACGUUAAAAAGAAAGUCCACCUAAGUGAAAAAAUUCACCCUUUUGUCAGCAAAUCUAUAAACAUAAUAAAAAAAUACUUUGAAGAAUAUGCCUUAGUUGAUCAAGAUAUUCUUGAAAAUAAAGAAAGCUGGGAUAAGAUUUUAGCCCUUGUUCCUGAAACAAUUCAUGAGAAUCUUCAGCAAAACUUCCAGAAGCAUCACAAUUCACUUCAGCGUUGGGAAUAUUUGAAGAAAGCCAUCAGCUGUCAGGAUAAUACUAAAAAUGACAAAUGUGGACCCUUGCUUGAAUGGGAGAUCAUGCUCCAGUACUGUUUUCCACGGCUGGAUAUCAAUGUUAGCAAAGGAAUCAAUCAUUUACUGAAGAGCCCUUUUAGUGUUCAUCCUAAAACAGGUCGUAUUUCUGUGCCUAUUGAUUUACAGAAAGUGGACCAGUUUGAUCCAUUUACUGUUCCAACCAUAAGCUCCAUCUGCCAUGAAUUGGAUGCCAUUUCCAUUAAUGAUGAGGGAAAGGAGGGAAACGAAGCCGAAUCUGAUAUCAAACAUAGAACCAGAGAUUAUAAGAAGACCAGUCUAGCUCCUUAUAUAAAAGUUUUUGAACAGUUUCUUGAAAACCUGGAUAAAUCCCGAAAAGGAGAACUUCUCAAGAAGAGUGAUUUACAGAAAGACUUUUGAAGAUAACAACUCUCCUCAAACCAAUGUAGAUGUCUUCUAGCUUCAAGAAUCAAAUACUUCAGGUGCCUGGGUGGCUCAAUCGGUUGGGUGUCUGCCUUCCACUUGGGUCAUGAUCCCAGGGUCCUGAGAUCAAGUCCCAU